AUGACCACGGCACCCAUCACGGAUAGCGAUGCCUCCGCGCCGUCGCCACCCUCGUGCGCCCAACCACCCGUCGAACCCACUCCGUUCCUGGGACCGUCGGAUUCCGUGAGCAAGCCACCAUCGCGAUCCCAGUCCCCCGCAAAACGAUUAAAGCCCGACGGUCCUACCAACGCGACGGUUGACUGCAGCCUUGAUCACAGCCCCACAACCCCUGAGCCGAUGGACGAGGAUACCGCGGUGCCCGCGAUGACUACUAGGGAUGUCUCUGUGGACAUGGUCGACGCUGACGAUGCGCCAGUCGCACUGGAGCCGGCUUUGUCCAUUGUCAUUACGGACGAUUCGUCGACCGCAGCCUCUUCCACCGCCGUCACGGUCACCCAACCCUCCACAGCCGCUACUUCAACGGCCACAUCCAUCGCUACACCGUCACCGCCGUCGCUCGAGGAGCAAAUUGAGAUGGUACUAGCGGAGAAGAUGGCAAUGCUGAAGGAGGGAGAGAUCUACUAUCUGGUGUCAGGCAUCUGGUUGAAGCGAUUCCUAGUCCAGCUGCCCGAGUAUGCCAAGGAUAUCCAGAUCGAGAAGGAAGAAUUGGAAAAGGAGUUGGGGCCAAUCGACAACACUCCCAUCGUUGAUGUCGAGAUGCAGGAAGAGCUGAAGAAAGACGCGUCCUCGCCCUCCACGAACGACAAGUUCGCCGAGGAUUUCGUACCCGUGAAACAGGGCAUGGAGUGUGGGGAUGACUAUGAGGUGUUACCUGCUACUGCAUGGAACCAGCUCGUGGCCUGGUACGGACUGGCGAAGGAUUCGCCGAUCAUCACAAGGAAGGCAAUCAACACUCAGGAGGACAGGGCUGCGGAGUCCAACUGUAUAGUGGAAGUUUGGCAGCCGAUGUUCACGGUGUACCGGCUUCGGGACCCUAAGAUGACCAUCUCCGAGAACAGCCUCCGAGAGGAGAAGCAGGUCAAGCCAAUAAAGCUUAUAGCUUCGACGUCCGAGGGAUUCCGGGAUUUCCUCAAGCAGAUCAAGAGCUUGACUGGCGUCGAAACUGGCCGGAAGGUGCGGCUCUGGAAAGUGACAACGCCAACAGAACCCGACCAGAAAGCCACAAAGAAGUCGUCGAAGACCGCCGCCACAACUCCUUUCCGACAGAUGGUCAUUGAUCUGCAUACUUUUUCGGCGCUAGAAAAUGGAUCUGAGCUCGUCGAUGUUCCGGACAACACCAAUAAUCCGAACUACAAUGGCAAUCUAAAGAUUGGAACUCUCGGGUUGGGAACCGGCGGAGAGAUCGUGGUUGAGGAGCAAAAUGUCGAUGGAGAAUGGAUCAGUCAAUCGGCGAACAAAACUGUGAUCAAAUGGGGGGAGACGAUCACGGUCACGAAGAACGGGUUCGGCAAGAGUGCAAGCACGGCCAAGAAGAAGUUACCCGCGUCGCCCUCCCGCAGUGCUAGUCCGGUCAAGAGUGUUCUAUCGAAGCCGGCGAUGCUUAGCAACAGGGGACGCGAGCGUACCAAUGGGAGAGCGCGUGGCACAUGCGGGCUCUCCAAUCUUGGGAACACCUGUUAUAUGAAUUCAGCUCUGCAAUGUUUGCGGUCCGUCGAAGAGUUAUCCAAGUACUUUCUCUGCGGUGCAUAUGUUGACGAGCUCAAUCCAUCCAACCCUCUAGCACAUCAUGGGAAGGUUGCAAGGGCCUAUGCCGGGCUAAUUAAUAAUAUUUUUGCCCCGUCAAGCCCGUCGUCUGUUGCGCCCCGAGAAUUCAAGAGUACGAUUGGAAGGUUCGGUCCGUCGUUUUCUGGCUAUCAGCAGCAGGAUUCACAGGAGUUUUUGGCUUUCCUGUUGGACGGCAUGCACGAGGAUUUGAACCGCAUCAUGAAGAAACCCUACACCGAAAAGCCUGACUCGACCGACGAGAUGGUCGGCAAUCCUCAACUCAUCGCCGAGCUGGCGGAGAGACAUUGGGACAUCUACAAGAAGCGCAAUGACUCGGCAGUUGCCGAUCUCUUUGGUGGACUGUACAAGAGCACGCUUGUCUGUCCCGAGUGCCAGAAAGUCAGCAUUACUUUUGACCCAUUCAUGGACCUGACGCUACCGCUGCCCAUCGAGUCUUUCUUCACCAAGGAGUUUUUCUUCUGGCCCAAAGACCCAAAACAUAGGACUCCGUUUAAGUUCGGUGUCGAGCUGCCAAAGAAUUCGAGCAUCGGUGCACUGAAAGAGUACACAGGAAAGAAAUUUGGAGUGGAUCCUAAACAGAUCAUGUGCUCAGAAGUGUAUAAGGGCAGAUUCUACAAGCAUUACCAGGACUACAACGCCAUCACAGACAUCUCCACGGGCGACGAUGUGAUGUUGUACGAGCUUGACAAGGUGCCGACCAGUUGGCCGGGGCCAAAGAGCCGAUCGAUGCUUUACCCGGAUGAGCAGGCUGACGCGGCAUCUACGGAAGCAGUACUCGUUCCCGUGCUGCUGUGGCGGCCACGAUUUCGCAAGAACGAUCUGAGCGAUGAGUGGUUCAGCUUUCCUUACUUCCUUGUUCUGAACCAGGAGGAGGCAUCCGAUUACGAUACCAUCCUCGAGAAGCUUGUUGAAAAGCUUCAAUUCCUUACCACCAGGGAUAUGUACACAACCUCCGCCGUUGAAGAAGAGGACAACGACUACGACGGUGCUGAAGAUGCUGCUAAGGCUGAAGUAAAGGAUGAGAAGGAUGGCGAGAACAAUAGCGAGAAGGAUGGAUUUGUCGAUAUCACGAUGGAGGAUACUGUCUCGACCUCUGACUUGGGCAAGGCGGAACCCGAACUUACCCCGGAGGUCAAGACGGAGGUUUCCGAUGAUGCUAUCCCCACUGUUUCCGGCAAUCCUCGUCGUCGGGUACCACAAGAUAUCCACGGAUACUUCACUCUUAAGAUUGGCAAGAGGAGGGAUAACGAGGCACUUCCGACCGGGUGGAACGGUCCUCAGAUGGAUGAGCUACUCACUUCUCGGAUGCAGCCCAGUCGCGAUACGGCCCCGAGCCCAGUAUCUCACGAGCCUUCUUCGCUGUUUGACAUUCCGUCUGCUGAGGACUCUGGUCGCAGGUCGCCGGCGAGUCAGAUCUCGGAUGACGAUAAGCUGCUGUACAAUGACGAUCCUCAGCCGGAGCCGUCGUACGACACGAUGGCGGAUGUGAGCGACGAUGAAGCUCAGACUUCCUAUCCGUCUGCCUUGGCUGCUUUCGAUCCUCCCUCGUUUCUAGGCACCACGAGCGGUACCUCAUCGCCUAAUGGAUACGCGUCGCCGUCUCGAUUCCGCACCCCGGAACCUGUCCAAGAAUAUGGCCCACUAAUUCGAGUCGGUGAGAGUAUCUUGGUGGAGUUUACUGAAGAAGGCUUCGACACCCUCUUUGGUGGCAAACACCGUGACGAUUUCCGUGGAAAGGAAACGUGGAACUCGUGGCCGGCCGUCAAAGAUCCCGAACUGGAAAAGAGACGCAGGAGACGGGAGGAGAGGAAGAACAAGGGAAUCAUCCUCGAGGACUGUCUUGACGAGUUUGCUCGGGAGGAAGUCCUUAGUGCAGAAGACCCUUGGUACUGCCCUCGUUGUAAGGAACACAGGAGAGCCAGCAAGAAGUUUGAGCUCUGGAAAUGUCCCGACAUCCUCGUUGUUCACCUCAAGCGUUUCUCUAGUAGUAGAAGCUUCCGGGACAAGAUUGAUGCACAGAUCGAUUGCCCGAUCGAGGGUCUGGAUUUGAGUCAACGUGUUGGCUUCACCGAAGGCAAGCCGAUGAUCUACGAUCUGAUCGCUGUGGAUAAUCAUUACGGCGGCCUUGGUGGCGGGCAUUACACUGCAUACGUCAAGAACUGGUUCGACGGAAAGUGGUACUACUGUGAUGACGCCAGUGUCAGAGAGGCACACGCGAACUCGGUAGUGACACCAGCCGCCUACCUGCUGUUCUACCGCCGCCGCUCCGACAAGGCUCUUGGCGGAUUAAAGUUGGAGCAGGUCAUUGCCCAGCACUUCCCGAGCGUAGCGGAAGAAGAUGAUGAAGAAGAAGAGGUGGAUGCACAGCAAGGCUCGUCGUCCGGAAUCUCCCGCGAGAAUUCACCGACUCCUUUCAUCGGCCCUACCCUCCCCAAGACCUCUAACGAAGGUGGAUUCUUAACCGCCAGCGUCGGCAAUUCCACGCUGUGGGGCAACAGCAUGCCCAUCACCACUUCGGAGCUCACCGCCGGCCCCGCGAAUGACGUCGAUUCUCUCUUACCGGAGUACGACGACCUGGACAACACUGGUGGCGUCAGCCUCGACACGGACGAGGGCUUGGGCGACGAGACGGAGGCGGAGAUUGCCGAUAUGUUCGUGGCCAUCACCGACAGUCACGCGGGACAGGAAGAUGAAGAGAAAGUCGAAGACGUGCGGGUAUAA